CAGAGGCGCAGAGUGCAUCAGAUGAGCUGCAGCCCCAGAGUUCAGACUAAAAUCCAUUAAUUAAUACAGAUUAACACAGGGCACAUUCCGGAGAGGAGGUGAGAUGAGGGCCCUGUAUGUGUGUGCGCUGCUGCUGGUGUUUGGUUUAGCAGUGCUGUCAUGUGACCACGGGCAUCACCACGGGCACGGACACGGACAUCACCAUGGGCAUCACCAUGGACACCAUCACGGGCACCAUCAUGGGCAUCAUCAUGACCACCAUCAUGGGCAUCACCAUGGUCACGAUCAUGGACAUCACCAUGAUCACGAUCAUGGACAUCACCAUGAUGGGGAUGUGAAGAUGUUUCACGGUGCGAGCAAAUGGAGCGCAGAGGCAAAUAUGCCUGCUGGGGAAGAGGAGGAGGAGCUCCACCAGGGCCACGCCCACGAGCAUGAUCAUGCUGACAAUCAUGAAUCCGCUCAGGAACAAGCUCACGAUCAUGGACAUGAUCAUGGACACGCCCAUGAACACACCCACGAUCACGGACACACCCAUGGACAUGACCAUGGCCACUCGCACGAACACGGACACUCCCACAAACACAGCUCUGUCAAACAGUCGCAGGCUGAGAGCCGUGACUCCGUGCAGUUGUGGAUGCAGGCAGUGGGAGCGACGUUGCUGAUCAGUGCGGCGCCGUUCCUCAUCCUCUUCCUCAUCCCGGUGCAGUCGAACUCGGAUCAGCACCAGAACCUGCUGAAGAUCCUGCUGAGCUUUGCGUCGGGGGGGCUGCUGGGGGACGCCUUCCUGCACCUCAUCCCUCACGCGCUGGCACCUCACUCUCACCAUGGAAAUAAGGACGAAUCAGCCGGCCACGAUGAGUCACAUGGCCAUUCUCAUGGUGCUGCACAUGAUCACAUGAUGUCUGUGGGUCUGUGGGUCCUGGGAGGCAUCGUGGCGUUCCUGGUGGUGGAGAAGUUUGUGCGUCUGCUAAAAGGAGGGCACUCGCAUUCACACUCGCACUCGCACGGUUCUUCGAAAUGCAAGGACAGUGACGGGGAGGAGCAGGAGAAGAAGGAAGGAGGGAAAAAAGAUCAGAAAAAGGACAAAAAGGGGAAAAAAGCAAAAGAGGACAGCUCAGAUAUUAAAGUAUCAGGUUAUCUGAACCUGGCAGCCGAUUUCACCCACAAUUUCACGGACGGACUGGCCAUCGGCGCCUCUUUCCUGGUUGGUCCUGCCGUUGGCGUGGUAACCACCAUCACCAUCCUUCUGCACGAGGUGCCUCACGAGAUCGGAGACUUCGCCAUCCUCGUCCAAUCAGGAUGCACCAAGAAGAAGGCCAUGUGUCUCCAGCUCCUCACUGCCAUCGGCGCGUUAGCUGGCACCGCCUGCUCCCUGUUGGCCGAGGGAGUGGGUGCAGCCGCCACCGCCUGGAUCCUGCCCUUCACGGCCGGCGGCUUCAUCUACAUCGCCACGGUGACGGUGCUGCCAGAGCUGCUGAGUGGGCGCGCGAGCCUGGGCCAGUCGGUGAUGGAGGUCGCCGCCAUGCUGUUUGGCGUCGGGAUGAUGGUGAUCAUUGCCGAGUACGAGUGAGACGCAGGGAGAGACUGAAUUCUCAGGGGAAGACAAACAGAAAACCAUGUGUAAAUGUGUCGAUGAUUACAGUUGAGUGUGUGUGUGUGUGUGAGAGAGAGCCUUUGAUAAAGAAGUGCACUAAAAGAUAUAAAGUCAGAGCUCAUUUGUGUCCAAAAAUGGACCAACAUGAUCACGUCCUCAGCUGAAACCGCACACACAUACACACACACACACACAUUUACACUUAUUUUUCUGAUUGCUAUCCAAAUGAUGCACAAUUUAAAUUCUUUGAAUUUAACGGCAAACGUCUGUGUUGCUUUCUGAAAAGUGGAAACUCUCGCUGGCUCGCAUUCUUAUAACAUCAGAAAUAUCCAUAUUAGUGUCCUGGUUACAGCGUAGUGGACACAUUCGCUUUGAUUUUACCUCUUUCCCCAAAAGCAGUUUCUGUUCCUUCACUGAUUUAUUAUUUUUUUUAUAUAUAUAUACAAUUUUUUUUUUUUUACUUUUUUUUUAUUUUAUUUGGGACAAAUGUUGAAAUAUCGUCAGCGAAUCACUGUAAUAGCUACAUCACUGGACAAUGAAAGGUGUGAUGUGUUUAAUGGCUUCAACGUUUUGUGUCCCAUGUUAUGAUUGUCCAGCCCGCCCCAAUAGGUAGUGGUAGUUGUAUAAUGACAUAUUGGUCAGCAUAAGGGGCAGAAAAGUUUUUUUUUUUUUUUUUUUUUCCUCUGAAAAGCAAACACUCCUGUCCAGAAUGAAUCUGUCCCUGUCCCAUCACUUAAAGAGUCUAAUCUAGUUAAUCUAAUGAUUUUUUUAUUUUAUUUUAAUGUAAUUCUCUAUAAUGAUGUGAUGAGGUAAGAGCUAAUCUUUAAACCCUGUUAAUUUUAUUUUUUUAUUGUCCUCCACCUUCAGGUCACUGUGUCUAUAAUGACCUGUCUAGUUCUCUAAUAUGGAUAUGUCUCCUUUUCACUUUUGGUUUUUGGUUGCCGGUUUGAGCCAGCAACAUGCAGUAAAAUGUAAUGAGCGUACAUCCAGCAUUACAAUGUACAAAUCCCCCCCCCACCCCUUUCAGAGAUGAAUCUUUUCUGUCUCUCUCACAGGUCAUCAUGUUAUUUUAUUUUGUUUUUUACGGUAUUGAUUUGAUAUUCGUGUCACGUCCUCCCUUUGUAAACGUACCCUUUUUGUGGUUACUGAAUCAGUCUGUUUUGUUUGUGCCGAGAAUCAAUUCUAAAAUGUUGAAUCAAGUGACAAUAUUUAUUCAACACACUAUAUGGCUAUUGAGGAUGUUUAUAAAUAUAAAUAUUGGCACCCUC